CAGGAGCUGCAGGUGGCGCUCAAGGCCAAGGAGACAGCGGAGAACGACCGAAACACCAUGGAACUUCGAGCGGCUGGGGAGCGGGCGCAGCACAAGUCCAACAUGGCCUUCGAGAUGGAAGAGAGUCAGAAACUGCAAGAUGCGCAGCGAGGCGUGGACAAGCGAGGUCACGAUCAAGCUAUAAACGAUACCCGCGUAGAGCUCAAGGCAGCACGUGAUGACUUGGACAACCGCGUCAAGUCCUGGGAGCUUGAUGUGGCCCACUCCUACGCCAUGAAGACAAUCUCCGAUGAUCGCAUCCUGAGCUUGGAAAAGGCCUUAAAAGAAAGCAACUCGCGACUCAGCGCAGCCUACAAGAAGCCCACCAAGCCGUCCAGCUCUUCGUCCUCAGGUCUAGAUGCUGGCCUGACAGAUCUCGGCCGCCAGAAUGAGAAGGAGCUAGGCCUGCGGGAGGAGAUUCAUGCGCUCGAGCAGGAGAAGCAGCACAACAAUAAGGAGAUGAGCAGCAUCAGGCUGGAACUGCUUGGCUUGAAGCGGGAGAACGAGAGGAAGAAGGCUGAAACCACUUCCAGCCUCCGUGGGCGAGGCAGGGGGCGCAAAGGCCGUGGACGCAGCUCCAGGAAGUUUUUGGAGAUCAUCGAUGAGGAGGAUGACAAUGAUGAUUUGCCAGAUUCAAAGAGCGUGGAUCAGGAGGAUUGGGCCAGCGAAUGUGUCAGCAGCGAUUGUGGUGACAACGAUGUUGAUGAUUGCGGAACUUCAUUGCCAGACACCACGGCUCAGCUGGACGCGGUCAACAAGCUGCUCUUGGAGCUUUCGAACGAGCGGAAUCUCAAACAAAGCCUGCGUGCCGAGCAAGCGGGCCAAAGCGCAGAGCACAACGAACAGAUUGAGCAAUUGCGCCAGCAGAUGACAGAGUCCAGCUUGCUGCAAGAGAAGACUGCGGCAGAGAACCAACGCUUGAAAUCGCUAGACAGCGAGAACCGCGUGCAGAACCUAAGGCAGGUGGACGGACUUCAAGUGAAAGUCAGGGAUCUGGAGGAAUUACUUUGCGACCAGAGGGCCAUGGUGCAGGAGCAAUGGCGCUUCGCACGUGAGCAUGAGUUCAACAAAAGCGCAUUGGAAGAAAAGCUGCAGAUGCAGACCGAGGCUCUACGCAUUACCAGCAUGCGCUUGCAGGAUGCAUUGCAGCAGCAUCAGAAUGAAGCUGUGCGCCACCAGCAGGAGUUGAACUCGCUGAAGCUGCAGUUGGCCCUGGAGAAGAAGAAAGGUGGCGGCACAGCUGCCGAGGUGGAACCAAGUGAAGCGAAGGAUCCUCAACCUGAGACAUCCAUGGAGUUCCUGGAGCAGCGCGUGAAAGACCUGCAGGAAGAGCGCAACAUCCUGGUUGGCAAGUUGGAGGUGAAAGAGGUGCAGUAUCAUUUACAACUGGACGACCUUUUCCGCGAGAACGCCUCCAAGCUUCGUGACCAGCGUAUCCAGUUCGAAGAGCAGAUCGCUGCGAUCCAAGCCAAGUUCGAGCUGCGAAACCAUUUGCAGGGGCAGGCCUUCGAUUACAUCAAUACAGCCAGUUCCAGCCACCCAGUGCUAGGACAGGCCACCCCUACAACGACAUCCGAAGAUCCGAAGGGCUCCCCGCGGCCGGAGGACCUUGAUGCCCGCAAGGUGCUGACCAGCGGCCAGAGCGGGUCCAGCACGCCACACACACGGAGUGUGGUGAGUGCAGGUACAGACUCGAGCGCGGUAUCAGAGUCGCUUAGCGGAGUCAAAAGUAUGGUGUGGACUAUUAUUGGCUUGCUGCCCAAUGUGGCAGCCAUGCUGUGCACUGUGGAAGCGUUGAUUAUUCAACAAGUCACCCCACGCGUGAGCGUCCUUCUGGGUGGAGUCUUGAUCGGGAAGUCGUUCUUUAGCCUUGUGCGGCAGAGCAGCGCAGCCUCAUUCCGACGAACCAUGCAGGUCAACCAAGCCAUGGCGGAGGGCAGCCAGUGCGAUAUCCCCAACUUCCUGGCAAGGACUUUGGCACGCUAUGAGCUGGUCGCACCGGACGGCAAGUCGGUCGACGUGGUGAUCUCUACAGCACACCUGCCCGGAGAGCACAAAGUCGGCGAGCGCCACAUCUUGCUGCUGCUGGUGGAGCAGCCCUCGGAACGGCUCCGCGGGCAGUACUCGGUGGCCAGCAGCGACGUGUGCCCCUCCGACAGCGUGAGCGUGGGGCGGCGAAGGCCGCAGCUCAUGAGCAGCGAGGCGCAGCGCACCAAGCUGAGAGCCUCCUUCUUCUCCAGCUCCAGGCAGUCUGCCAGGGUGUCGACUUCCUCAGAGUCGCCAUCCCCUCGCAGUUCAUUGUGCAAGUGAAUCUUGAUGAGCCCGUUGCGUUUCCAAGAUGCUCCGGCCACAGCUCAGAUCCUGAUAGCUGAUAGCUGAAUAGUGCUAUUCGCCGGCUUGAGUUUCGAGGCGGCUUGAGUUUCGCUGCCUUGGCUGUUUCCGCCCGCUUGCAUGAUAUCAUAUCCCCACCCCUCUAGGGUCCGGAAAUUGGGGGGGAACGUCUGAAAAUGUAAUUUGCA